CGCCGAGGCGCCGGGCGGCGCCGGGUCGGCGGCGGGGCAGGCUGCAGGCACGGGCGAGUGCGCGGAAGCGGCCGCGGUGCUCUCGGAGGAGGCGCCCGCGGUGGCUCCCGCGGGCGCCAAGCGACCAGCGCCGCCUGGCGGGGCUGCUGGGGCGGAGCUCAAGGCGCAGCGGACGGAGGCCGCCAUGCGGGAGGGAGCAGAGGCGCUGCCAGCGCUGGAGGAGGAGGCCUCGGCGCUGGACGCGUCUCCCGUCAGCGAGUCGGCGGCGCCUGCGGACGCCGGCGAGGCCGCGCAGAAGGGGUGGCUGCGGCGGUGGGCCAAGCGCGAGGCCGCGGCCGGCGAGGACGCGGCGCUCGAGGGGGCCCUCGCGAGGAGGAGCCGCUGGCAGGGCGGCGAGCCCGCGGGGAAGCGGCCGAGGGCGGCGGAGGGCGCGCCGGAGCAGCCGGGAGCGGAGGCGCCCGAGGACGCGUCCGAGGACGCGCCCGAGGAGGACCCGCCGGCGUGGGUCGACGACGAUGGCUGCGCGGAGGAGGACCCACCGGCGUUGGAGGAGGCCCUGCCGCCGCCGGCCGCGGCGUCGCCGAGCGCAGCGGCCGCCGGGCAGGCUGCCGAGUAGCCCGAGGCAGCCGUCGAGGAGGAUGGGGGAGGAGGAGGAGGAGGAGGAGGAGGAGGAGGAGGAGGAGGAGGAGCAGCAGCAGCAGCAGCAGCAGCAGCAGCAGCAGCAGCAGCAGCAGCUCGCCGCAGAACCCCAGGCGGCGGCGCGCCCGUCCGCGGGGCCAUGCGCCGAGCGGCCGAGCAGCAGCCGAGCAGAGCAGGGUCGCCGAGUAGCCUUGGGCAGUCGUUG